GGCUUUCCGCGGCGUAGUUAGAUCCUCUACAAUCUGCAUUGUUUCGCUUUCACUCCUACUCUUGCUCUCCGAACUUGUUCUGAAUUCUGAUCAUUCCUCAUGGCCUACUCUGAAGAAGAAAAUAAAGCCCCAUUUCCUCCAAACCCUAGCAAUGCCCAGGAGAGGCAGAAGUCCCCCAGUGGCGACGCAGAAGAAGACGACUACGAGGACGACGGCGACGAAGACGAAGAAGACGACGACCUGCAUGAACCGAACCUGCAGAAACCGCAAUCCAGAGAUUCUUUUUUGCGUGAGCAGCGGUUCAAGAUAAAUCACCUCGCCCGGAGGAUGUCGACGGAGGAAGUUCCUAUCCGAGUCCAUGAUGUGCUGAUAAAGGGUAAUACGAAGACGAGGGAUUGGGUGAUUGAGGCCGAGCUGCAGGGGAUACAAAACGCCACAACUAUGCAAGAGCUGUUAAAAGCUACUGAAAUUGCCCUUGCGAAGCUUCAGAGACUCGGUAUUUUUGACUCUAGUACUAUUACGCUCGAGGCGGGACCGCCAGAGUUGGGUGACACUGCCAAUGUCAUCGUCCAAGUUUCCGAGACCAGUAGCAAAAUUUCUGGUGAAUGCGGUGUUUAUACGAAACCUUCGGCUAGUUCAUGGAUUGUUGAAGGUGCUCUUAAGUACAAAAACUUGUUGGGUUAUGGCGACCUAUGGGAUGGUUCUCUGGCAUAUGGUUCCAAUAAAAAGUCGGAAGUGAGUGUUGGGGUCUUUGCACCUCGAGUUAAAGGAUUGGACACCCCGAUUGUGGUUCGAGCAUCUUUACUUUCCCAAGAUUGGCUGGAAUAUUCUUCAUACAAAGAGCGACAGUUGGGCAUGUCCCUUGGCUUAUUCUCGACAAAGUAUCAUGACUUAACAUACAAUCUUGGAUGGCGUACCUUAACAGAUCCAUCACAAAUGUCAUCUAGGUCCGUAAGGAGGCAGCUGGGGCAUGGUUUACUCUCAUCUUUAAAGUAUACAUUUAAGAUUGACAGGAGGAACUCACCAAUUCGACCUACAAAAGGGUAUGCAUUUCUUUCCACCACUCAAGUUGGGGGCCUCACACCAGAUCCCCGAAGCCUGCGAUUUCUGCGCCAGGAGUUUGAUGUUCGCUAUGCUCUUCCUUUGGGGUUUUACAAUGCUGCUCUGAACCUUGGGAUUUCUGCUGGAGUAGUUUUUCCAUGGGGAUGUGGAUCUCUGAAAAAGCCCUCCCCCCUGCCAGAAAGGUUUUUCCUUGGUGGUGAAUUCUCUCCCGUUGGCACCUUAGGAGGGCCAACAACAUUAUGGGGAUUCAAAACUCGGGGAUUAGGCCCCACUGAACCGCAAAGGCAAAAUAGAGAUGGAGUUAACGAUGAUAAAGCCGAUGCCUAUAGAAUGGACUUCAUUGGAGGAGAUCUUGCUGUUACUGCUUUUGCUGACCUCUCUUUUGAUCUUCCAAUUGGAUGGUUGAGAGAACGUGGAAUCCAUGGCCAUGUUUUUGCUGGUGCUGGGAAUAUUGCUAAAUUAACUGAGAACGAAUACAGGCAUUUCUCUCCUAGGAAGUUCUUGGAAUCAUUUCGAUCAUCAGUGGGAUGUGGAAUUGUUAUUCCUACUUCACUUUUCCGCCUAGAGGGUAACUUCUGUUACAUACUCAGGCAGCAUGAGCACGAUCGUGCAAAGACUGGGUUUAGAUUCAGCUUCUCAGCUCCUUCAUAGAGGCGAGAGGCCUUAUCUGGUUCUUACAUGAUGCGGCAAUUUGAAAUUGACACAAUUUUUAGGCAACUGUGAUUUUCCCCGCGUUCCAAAGAAUAAUACUGCUCGGCUGUCUGCGGAAGCAUGGGCAGCAUAGUACCGUAUUUUUAUUAUCUUUUUCUAAUGUUAAAUUUGGAAAGAAAAUAAAGAAAUGCCAUCGAUUUAUAACGGAUUGGGUGCGAUUUUCAGGAUUCGGUUGUUGGUGUAAACAUUGUUGCUUUGUUCCCCCUUUCUGGAACAAAUUGCUUUGGGGUUACACUGUACGUGAGAAAUUCUCGAACAUUGAUUUGUCGCAACAUUAAA